CAUGGUUGCCACUAAGCUGCCAGAAGGUGGCAACACUGUAUCAGUUGGUGAGACGCAAGCGAUGAGUAAACACACAAGAUGGCAGCUCUUAUCAUCAUUCGCAGGAUUUAUCAUCAAAAGAAGCAAAUUAUUUUCGCAUUUAUACAAUAUACAAUAUAGACAAGUCAGAGUUCUAAUGAAGAUCGUUUUUCAUCAUGAAAGGAAGGCACAGGAAUAAGAAUCAAGAAAAGAGAACAGUCGUUUAUAUAAUUCAUCAGGAUGACUUUAUUUUCAAUUCAUCGAGGCAAUUUGUUUAUUUUCAAUACAUAGUCGACUUCAAAAAAAAGGGGCACCGAAUGAAAAUAGUUACGCUACUGUGUCGAUUCCACAGUUUCCCCUCUAACCCUUCAGCCAUCUUGAGCAGCCACACCAUUGGGGCUCUCAUUCUCUUUCUCUCUCUCUUUCUCCUCCCCCCCACCUCAUCUACUUCACUCCAUCAUGAUCCCGAAAUUCCCCACCAUGAGGCGAACGCUGAUAGGCGGAAUCGCUUCUCUCGAGUAGACUCGCUUCGCUCUCCUCCAAUAUCCCCCUCUCCAUGACUCUCACAAUGUCUGGCCGGCGAGCCAUUCUAUGCUCCCGCCACGGUGACGUCACUCUGAGUAGUGUAGUGCAGUGAGAAGGAUGUACACUCCGUCCGUGUACAUACCCAAGUGAAACGAAACAAAAAUAUAUAUAUAUAUAUACUUAAAAGUAUAUAUACAGUGAAACCCAAUUCUUGCAACACCAGUGUUUAAAUUAUAGUAAAAAUUGCGAGAAUAUCCCGCGUGCAUUUAUUCCCCCCCCUCCGCCCUAUUGAUAAAUGUGUGUCUAUGCACAUUAAUACCAACCCCAACAAGUUAUCAGUAAUUCCCCCCUCCCCCUUCAAAACAGGAUAACCUUAAAAAAAAAUAAAAGUGUCUUCAAUUCCAGUGAUGUGAACUCGGUGCAAGUGGAAGAAACGAAACGUCACUGAUUUGGAAAGCUUACGAGAGAGGGGGAUUAAGAGCUCUAAUAAAUUUUUUUUCUCUCCUCUCUCUGUCUCUAUAUAUAAUUUUUUUUUUCCAAGUGUUUCUGGGUGCAAAAAAGAAAAACGUGAUUGUUAUUUUUUUUUUCUGGAACGAGGAGAAAGGUGGGAAAAAUCGUGAGUGAGAAAAAAAUGUUUUCGCGAUUUGGAACGGGAUGGGUAGAUCCCAGGUGAAUAUCUCGUUGUGUCGACGAGUAAAGUGAUUAUUAAGUGCGGUGUAAGAUGUGGUGUAGGGCGAAAUAUCUUCGCCUUCUUCUCCUCGUUGAAGCUGAUAGUGGUGAAUCCUGCAGUUUUUCAAACGCGGUGAAGUGUGAUAACGAGCCACUUUUUGUCGUUGACCCUUGCAAUCAACCCCCAAUCAGGGGUCAACGAUUUCAAAGCUAAGUGUUGUUGUUUUUUUUUUUUUUUGAAAGAAGAAAAGGAAUUUGAGUUUUUUAUCUCCCUUUUUUUUGUUUUUUUUUUUUUUUUUAUUCUGUUCGGUGAGAAAAGAAUUCGCGAGUAACGGUUUGCUCGCUCGCGAAAGCUUUGGGUUCUUCUGCCUCAUGGCAAUAUUGAACCGGCGCUCGGAGACUCACUGAGAAAGAAAGAGAGGGUGUGUUUUGUUUCUUUUUGCUGUACCAAAAAGAAAAUUUUUUGAGAAAAAUAGAAAAGUUUAAAAGAAGAAGAUUAAGUGAAGUGGUGUUUUUUUUUUGUGUGUGGAAGUCGCUUGUUAAAUUACGGUCGAGUUGUGUGUCGUUGUACAGUGCCGCCAAACGAUACCACAACAUCCGAUCCCAAAUGAAGAGUUCGGAGCAAAAUGGUUAGAGAGACACGUCACCUGUGGGUUGGAAAUCUGCCGGAAAACGUCCGUGAGGAUCGAAUAAGAGAGCACUUCAAAAGGUAUGGACGCGUGCAGAGCGUCAAACUGCUGCCACGGGGCGAGGAAUGCCCCGUGGACGGUGGUUCCCUCGGUGAGGGAAACGAGGGUGGUUCCGGAACUGGAGGUGGCGGUGGAGGCGGCGGCAGUGGCACGAAUAGUACCGGGGGCGCAUCAGCGACGGUGGCGUUCAUGGAUAUCAAGUCCGCAGCGAAGGCCCACGCGACAGAACACACCCUGGACGAAAGAGCCCUCACCACCCAAUACUAUGAACCUCAGCAUCUCCAGCACAGAUUUCCCUCACAUGGAAGCUCUGAGGAUCAUGGAUCCAGCGGCGUUGCAGGAGGAGGUGGUGGUGUUGGUGUUGGCGGAGUUGGAGGAGGAGGAGGAAGUGGCGUUAGCGGUGGAGGAGUUGGAGGAGGAGAGACAUUUGAAUCGAGAGGAUCGCACGGUAAUUUCUAUAGUGGCGAUGGCAGGAGCAACCGCGUGGGCGGCGGCAGCAGCGGCAGUGUUAGCGUCGUCGUUGGUCAUCAGGUUGAUGCAAGCUCAGUUGAAACAAGCGGUUAUAUACCAAGAGGACGUCCACCACCAAAUAGCAGUUAUCACGUGACGUCAACAAGGGCGAGGGAUCGGCUUUAUCCGCGAACGGGUCCAUAUUCCAGCGGUCCGCCACCCCCGCCCCAUAUAGAUCGUCAUCGCAGUUCACUCACCACAUCAACAUCAUGGUCCAGUUACGAAUCGGCUAGCUCAAGAUAUGGCUCUGGACCACCGCCACCAUCACCAGCCACCACUGAUUCAUAUCCUGAUGAACCAGGAAAUGGAACGGGGAAUAGUGGAAACAGUUUAAAGCAACACAAAAAACAAAGGAGAAAAUCGAGAAGCGGAAGUAGUUCGCCGAGUGGUAGUAGCAGGUCAAAUAGCAGCAGUAGUAGUCGUAGUGGUAGCUCAGGUGGUAGUAGUUCAGGUGGUAGUAGUUCACCAGGUAGUUCACCUCAUCGUACUGGAAAUGUAUCAGUAACUGAUGAUCGACGUCCAUUGGCGAUAUGUGUAAGAAAUUUGCCGGCGCGCAGUAGCGACACAUCUCUCAAGGAUGGCUUAUUUCAUGAAUAUAAAAAACAUGGUAAAGUCACGUGGGUGAAAGUUGUCGGCACUGCCGGCGACAGAUAUGCAUUGGUUUGUUUUAAAAAACCUGAGGAUGUUGAAAAAGCCCUUGAAGUAUCACACGAUAAAUUAUUUUUCGGCUGUAAAAUUGAAGUUGCACCCUAUCAGGGCUAUGACGUUGAGGAUAAUGAAUUUCGUCCAUAUGAGGCUGAAUUAGAUGAAUUUCAUCCAAAAGCAACGCGUACAUUGUUUAUUGGCAGUCUUGAGAAGGAUGUCACUGCUUCUGAACUCAGGAAACAUUUUGAACCGUUUGGCGAAAUAAUCGAAAUUGAUAUCAAAAAACAGGGAGCAGUGACGAGUUAUGCAUUUUGUCAAUACACGGACAUAAAUAGCGUCGUGAAGGCAAUGCGCUCGAUGGAUGGUGAACAUCUGGGAUCAAAUCGAAUUAAACUUGGAUUUGGAAAAUCAAUGCCAACGUCCUGCGUUUGGGUUGAUGGCAUUGGAGAAUGUGUAUCGGAAAAGUAUAUCAAUAUGCAGUUUCAUCAAUUUGGUCCAAUUACGCAAGUGGUGGUUGAUCGUGAACGUGGACACGCGUUAGUUUUCUUUGAGCAAAUAAGUUGUGCUCAGGCGGCGGUCAAAGAAAUGAGAGGCGCAAAUUUGAGAGGACGACGUUUGCAGGUCGAUUUUGCCUCAAGGGAAUGUCAAGAGACAUUUUAUGAACAUCUCGAACGACAGGGAUUUGCCGGUGAAAAACCCUGGGACACGAGACCAACGCCUGCAGCAACUUUUGAUGUUGCAAGGGAGAGAACAUUUGAUACGGCUGUGACGGUUCCAAAUAGCGGGAGUAGAUUCACACGUUAUGAAACACCACCGCGUGCAAGGGCAGCGAGUUAUAGUCGAACGCCAGGUGGUGGUAGUACACCUGGUGCAAGUCCAGCGCAUCCAACGGCAAUGUCACGAAGUAGUCGACGAUCGUAUCAAGAUCCAUAUUACGAAAGUGAUUACAGUGAGCCAACAACGAGACGAUUUCGAAGUUACGAUGAAUAUAGUCAGGGCAGCGGUGCAAGUCAUGACGAUUACGAUGCGACAAUUAUAAAUGACAGUAAGCUCAAUGACGAAGACUGUCAAUUGACACGAAGACAUACAGUUCAAAGUGUUGUGUCAAGUAUCGAUUCACCAGCACCACCACCUCCUUUAUUACCUCCGCCUGAUAUCAGGCAUCUUCAAAAGGAGCGUGUUCAUUUACUCGAACAACUCGAGGAGUGUCACAGUAGUGGCGAUGAAAUUGCAUUCGCACCGAAAAAGAGGCCAAAGCUCGACGGCUCGACAACGUCGUCAAUUCCCUGCGAGGAUGAUGAACCCGAAAUUGCCUCAUUGCUCGUCACUUCGCAUUCCGGACGUAAAGGAAUGGAAGUACGUAGAGUGAGCGACAGUAAAGUGAUCAUUCAUCAUGGCUCGCGAAGAGGUAGCUGCGAGGGCAGAGGACCAGGACCAUGUAAACGAAGACGUGACGCAGCGAGACAUCAUGAUCAUCACGAUGGUUCACGUCCAGGUACGCCUCUAGUCGACGAGAGACCGGAAAAUUUAAUCCCCAGUGAACCGCGAAGGUUUCGCGAACGCAGUCAAGAGGGUCCUCUCUCUCUACCUCUACCUAGAUUCGCCACACAAAUGCUCAACAACAAUAACACGAGCAACAGUAACAAUAACAAUAGUGGUACUUCAAGGUCAACUCACGUGUCCCUAGCAAAAAUUGCCAGUCCACCUUGCGCCUCAACAGUACCAAUUGUCACUGCACCACAACCACCAGCGUCACCGCCACCUCGACACACAAGUCCAAGUCCCACCAGUUCCGACAGUGAGGCAGCCCCCCAAUCGCCAAGUCUCGAGGAACGAAUACGAUCCCUCGAUGAAAAAUAUGAAAAAUGGUCAGGAUCGAGAGCAUUGAGCGCAGCUGGUGGCGAUGCUCUUGCCAAAUUAGAUGCAUCCGCCUCCGAACGCUUUAGGUUUCGUCAUAAACUCCUUGAUCUCGAUCUUCACGAAGUACAACCAUCCGAUAUUGUUAAAUCAGUCCUCGCUAAACGCAGUGUAUUCGAUGAGGAUUCAAAGAGAUUGGAAAAUUUUAAUGAAAAAUAUGAACCACGUGAAUUCACUGGCGUUAGUUCAAUGAUCGGUGGCAGUGGUACAAUCACAAAUGUUGGUUGUCCAAGCAAAGUGUGCCUACAAUAUCCAUUUCCUAGUCAUCCGCCAGUAACGGCGAAUACAACUCCAACACACAAAAAUAAUGAUCCAAGAACAGCAAAUUGUGUAACGCCCGUCACACCAGGCACAUCAAUAAAAACCGUUAGUCCCGAAUUACCACCAAUCGCAAGUAAUUUAACAGCAACAAAUAAUUUAUCAUCGGCAAAUUUAAAUAAUAUUCAUUCAUUGAAUGCAUCGACAAGUCGAGUGUCUCCAACAACAACAACAAUAACAACAACAAUUGUGACAAAUUCAACGCCGAUCUCAUCGACAUUAACGUCUAAUCAACCUGUUCUACCUUCAACAUUGUCCUCUUCCUCCUCGUCAUCGUCAUCGUCUUCCUCGUCUGAGAUUCCAAAAGCAAGAUUAAGAAAAGACUCGAAAGAUUCGAAACACACGAAAAAGGAGGCGCGUAAAAUUCGAAAAGACGAGUCUGAGGAGAAGAAUCAAUGUGACGAGAGGGAGAAACAAGAGAAAGAGGAAAGAGAACGCAAGGAACGAGAGGAGAGAGAGAGGCGCGAAAAAGAUGAGGAGCGACAGCGAAUUGAGAAGGAAAAACAAGAAAAGGAGCGAAAAGAACGCGAGGAACGGGAAAGAAAGGAGCAGGAAGAAAUUGAAAGGCGAGAGAGACAAGAAAAACAAGAGAGACAAGAACGUGAAAGGCGAGAACGAGAGGAAAAAGAGCGAAAAGAAAAGGAGGAACGCGAGAGGCGAGAACGUGAAGAAAAAGAGCGUAAGGAACGUGAAAAAGAGAGACUGCGUAAAGAACAAGAAAAACGCGAGAAAGAAGAACGUGAACGUAUUGAAAAAGAGGAACGUGAACGUAUUGAAAAAGAAGAACGUGAACGUAUUGAAAAAGAAAGAAGACGCGAGGAAAAGGAACGUAAACGUGAAAGAGAGGAAAAAGAACGUCUUGAGCGUGAGAGGAGAAAAGAAAAGGAGAAAGAGGAACGUGAAAAAUGUGAAAAAGAAAAACGUGAGAAAGAAGAUAAGGAAAGACGCCGCGAGGAUCAGGAGAGAAAAGAAAAAUCUGAACGUGAUAAAAGAAAAGAGGAAAAAGAAAAAAAUCCCGAUCGAAGACCCAGUGAAAAUCAUGUUACACCAGCUCCAAUAGCAAUAAAACGUCGUUGCUCGUCACAAGACGCGCCAAUUGAAGACGAUGCGAAAAGAAUGAAAAUUUCUGAUCAUCGUCGGGACAGUAAAGAUCGUUCGAAACAAAAUCGUCGUUCCGAAGAUCGUAAACAUCGUGAUUCACAUCGUUCUAGUCGUGACAGUAGAGAUAGUCGUGAAAGUAAAGAUUCACCAUCGCAAGAUUGUGAUACGAGUCGCGAGGGUAAGGAAAAUAAUCUCAAAGAAAAACAACGUAAAAAAAGUCGUUCCGAAAAAGAAUCACGUGAAAGAAGUCCAAGAGUUUCGCAAGAAAAAGAUUUUCUCACACGACUUGAAUUGUCAAAACGAAAUGAUUCAAUGAACGAUCAGGAUAUUUCCCAUCACGUCAAGGAUCAUCAUCAUCAUCACCAUCAUCAUCAUCAUCAUCAUCACCAUUCUUUACACAGCGAUGUUGAUGAAGGUGUAUUGUCAACUCAUGAAAUGCAAGGAAUGCGUCAUCCAUCAGCAACCGAUACAGACAGUGAUGAACCGAAGAAACAUUCAAUUUUUGAUAUUGUCGAUGACGAACCGGCAUACAUUAGUAUGUAUGAUAAAGUAAAAGCGAGAUCAACGAAAAAUAUGCAAAAACUCGAGGAGGAAAAAAGACAAGUUCGAUUGAAGGAUAAAUUUUCACAAUUGAAACAAAGUAGAGCGAGACGUGAGGAAAAGAAACAGAGUACAUCGUGGGAUGGUGAUUCAGUGAGUAGUAAAGCACUCACCGAGGAUGAAGGAACAUCGGAGAGUGAUUCAACAAGAGCAAAAUCAAUAUCCCGUAAGGGUUCGAGAUCGCGGAUACAUUCGGAUACAAGCGAGGAGGAUGAAUCAUUUGAUAAUAAAAGAACAGUUGUUAAAACAGAGAGAUUUCACGAAAGUGAUGUUGAUCUUGGUUUUGCUGAUUCUGAAGAGAAGCAUAAUCCAUUGGAGACAAAAUCAACAGUUGUUGUCAAUAAUGUUCGCGUUGCCAUCAAAGAAGAACCAAAAACAUCUGACGAUGAGGAGAGAAUAUCAUUCUCAACGAAUCAUCUUACAAAUAAUCAUGAAGCACGUAAAAAAUCACAUAAAGAAAAACAAAAACGACAGAAAAUUAAUACUGAACUCAAUGAUGGAUUAUUGAUUCUAGCGAAUUGUAUCGCUAACAAUAGAAAGGAGGAAGAGGAAGAGGAGGAGGAUGAAGAGGAAGAGGAUGAUGAGGAUGACGUGAAACACAAGAAGAAACAAAAACGACAGAAGAAUUCAAUUGACUCGGAUGAUGGUCUAUUGAUAUUGGCAAGUUGUAUCGCUAAUAAUGGUAAAGAAGAAGAAGAGGAGGAAGAAGAGGAAGAGGAAGAAGACGAUGAAGAUGAUAUUAAACACAAAAAGAAACAAAAACGACAAAAAAUUCCCAGAAGCUGCGGUGAUGGUUUAUUAAUUCUUGCAAAAUGUAUCGCGAAACAAUCAUCUGAUUUGAAUAAUACAAUAAAUUCAAAAUCCCUCGAUAAUCCCGAUGAGAGAAUGCGAGCCGACAAGAACAAAAGAAAUAAAAAAGAAAAACGAAGAGAUAGAAACGGUGAUGAAAAGACCAAAGCUAGAAGAAAGAGGCUCAAUAGACAAGAAGGUAGAGAUAGUCAACGAAUGGAAGAUAUUUUCGGUCCUCUAUCUGACGAUGUCGAUGAAACCCCAUCAAACACAUUCUUCAAUCGUCUCACUAAUUUACCAAAAGAGAACAACGUCUAUCAUUCCGACAGUGAUGGUCCUGACGUUGAGACAAUACGAAGGAAAUCCGAUAAGAAACGUAGACAACAUCAACCACAAGAUGAGAAUAGCGUCGAUCUUGCCGAAGCAGGUCGUGAAAUCGAAGCAAAACUCCUUGGUCUACCAAAUUCUCCAAAAUCUGCCGUAUGCACCGAAUCGACAGAUCACGAUGUAUUUCGAUUCACUGACGAUAAUGACAGUGUUGAACCCUCAACACCAACGACAGUACCCGAAAAAAUCAAGGAAAAGAAAAAGAAACGUAAAAAAUCCAAGGAUGAAAGAGGAAGAAAGGACUGUCACCAUCAUCAUCAUCAUCAUCACCAUCAUCAUGAAAAAACCGGUGCUCUUCCAUAUCUUGGCUCAGAAUCAAGUCCACCAAGAGCCAGCAGUCCAAUUAUCUCCGAAGAGAUGUCACCAACUUUACCGCCGUCCAGAGAAGAAAUGCCAAGUCCAAUACCGAAAAUUUCCACCAAUAUUACCGAUAUUUCAUCACCACCAUCCAACAACGAUGACAAAAAGAAAGAGAAAUUCAUACCCGGUUAUGGAAUCGAAAUCGAUGAGACUCUACAUAAUAAUGCAGUGAAAAGUAUUUCCGAACCAGAAGAAAGAGAUAAAUCACAAACAGAUCAAGACGAUGACGAUGAAGAGGAAUCAACAUCAACAGUUCAAACAGAAGAAAAACCAAGAGUCGCAAUCUCUCAAGAAGAGACAGAAGUCGCUGUUGCCGCACUAAUGGCUGAGAAUUUUGGCGGACCAACCGAUGACUAUUCCUAUGAGGACGAUGAACCGGAAACAGUCUCAUCAAACGAAACACCAGCCGAUGCACCGCAAGAGGACGUUGAAGAAAUGCAACAAGCUGUCGAAUCUCUAAAUGCAUCAUCAGGCGAAGCUGAAACCGAUUUGAAACCCGAUACACCACAAAGUGAGCAUGAUCUUCAAAUUGACACCGACACCGAAGAAGAUCGCAAUUACGAGAACUUUGAUCUCUCCCAACCGCCCAAGACACCGGAUAUUCCCUCUUUCUACAAGUCGAAAAAUCCAGAGAAAACGGAAAAUUCCAUUUGUGUCGUCAAACCAGAUCCACUCGGUUUGGUUAUUUCCCACUUUUGGAAUAUCGAUCCCAAAAAUCGUCAAGUUGCCGAAACAAAAGAACCGCAAAUAUCGUCUUCUCCUUUGGAAAGAGUGCCUCUGGAAAGAUCGGCUCCACCUCUAGCCGAAAGGGUUCACUCCCUUCCGGAAAGACCCUGCACCGAACGAUCAGUUCCAUUGGCCGAGAGAUCUCAAUCUCUAACUCAAGAUCGACGAACGCCCUCGCCACCAACUCAAUUCAAAUCGGGAAUUCCAGUCCUAAGUCAAGUUCCUCGCAUUCCAACAGUCUCGCCAAGGGCCUAUCAACCACUUCAUCAACGCCUUCCAGUGACGCCUCAAAGUCAAAUGAUCCGUCAAGUUGCACCACGAAUGCCAAAUGUAGCCUCAUCAUCGGCACCUCUGCCACCUCUCGUUCCAUCGCGAAUGCCACCGUUAAUCUCCUCACAAUUAUCACCUCGUGUCUCUCAACCACUUUCACCAAAUGGUCAAUGGUCGUCACGACCUCAAAUUGUCAACAAAUCCUCACCACCACAAUCACAACCCGUAAGAAUUCCAGUGAGCGUUCCCAUUUCCGCCCAUCGGCCCGAAACACCAAUGCAACAUAUUUAUUCCACCGCUGCUAGUCAACAGCCUGUGAUACAACAUGCACCUGGAAUGAGAGCGCUUGCUCCAAAUUAUCCACGUGGUGGCCUACCACCAUUGACAUUGAACAUUCCACCCAGACCCUAUAUGCCAAGUGUUCCACCUCUAACACCUGGUGUUCAAGUUAAAAGAGAUACAAAUCUCACUGGUAAAUCAGUGAUUGAAACAUUAAUUCCAGUAAAUUCUAAUGAUACAAGAAUUAAUGAAUCAAGACACGAGGAUCAAAAACUUUCGCCAGUAAUAUUACCCGAAGUAACUAAUAAGGCUUCGACAUCACCCAAAGUUCCAUCGCCAAAUCAACCGCCUACCUACAUUCCUGAAACGGCUAAAAUUGAAAUUGCCAGUACAUCAAGUCCAAUAUUUGGCAAACCUGCCAAUGAUUCCGUUUCGCCUAGGCAAAUUAAUCAAAAAUUGGAACCUGGUCUCUUGUCACAAAAACAUGAACUUACACAAAAACACGAGAUUAUACAAAAACAUGAUCUGAUCACUCAACAUGAUCUGAUUACUCAAAAACUUGACGGUAAUUUAUUAUCACCGAGACAAAAACAGGAAAUUAAUCUUCAACUUUUAACUCGUGUUUCAACUCCAAGUCCCGUGAUUGUAGCUCAUGGUCAUCAUAAAAUUCAGCCGCUAAUCAAAACAGUUGUUCCAAUUGUUGAUCACAAACACGAGGCUCGAUUCAAUAAAUUCGAAAAAUAUAAAAUUGAGGAAAAAUCCCAAAUAUUGUCCGUUGCACCUUCGGUGAAAGAAAUCAAGGAUAUGAUCGAUUUUCCUGAAUUUAAUGAAAUAAAAGAAGUUAAAGAAAUAAGUGAAAAAAUCCUCGAGGAGAAAACUGAUUCUGAAGAGGGAAUGCUAUUAACACCACCUGUUCAAUCAGUGGAAAAUAAAGAGAAUAUGGAAAUAAAAUUAAAGGAAGAAGAGGAACCAAAAAUCAAGGAAGAGAUCAAGAAAAUAGAAGAAGAUGAUGAGGAGGAAAAUGAUAAAAAGGAAAUAAAACAAGAGGAGGAUGACACAUCAGAGGCAACGGAUCCACUUGCUUUGGAUAUUGCCAAAGAAGAUCAAACGGAUAGUAAAGAAGACAGUGAUUAUUGGUCAGCUAAGGAAGUCAACAUUGAGAGUGUAAUUAAAAAAGUUGACGCACUAUGCGAUGGUGAGGAUGAAGAUGAAGAGACUGAGAAUCAUGACACUAGUAAAAGUGAAGCAGACUCAUGGCUCGAUUCAGAAUCAAUUGAAGGCGAUAGUAAAAAGAGUUUCUCAAACGAUGAUCAGGACGAGGGUGUUGAGACAUGUGAAAUUGAGACAAAAUCCCGAAGAGGAAGAUCGAAAUCACGUCGAGGAAGAGGUGGUGUAACAACGCGGCGAGGUGCUAAAACAGCAUCAAAACGAGGUGGACGAUCAACUCGCGGUGGUAAACACGCGGAAAAAAAUAAACCAACCGACGUCUAUGAAUUCCACGAUGACAGCGAGGAAGAUAACGCUGGACGUCCGCGUCUAAUUCUCACUAUAAAAUCCCCAGGUCCAACAGCACAGCCAGCAAUUCCAGUCGCAGCUGUCAAAGAAGUACCAGCCGAGGAAUUUGUCUCUCCAGCUAUUAACACUCGAAAAUCGAGAAGAUUAGCCGAAAAGGACGGUAGUCGUACCACUGUUGAUGAAAUAAUCGAAGACGUUGUUCGAGGUACAAACAAAGGACUCACGGCAACUAGAAGAAGCACCAGGCACAAUAGUCUGCCAAAGGGUGCCCAACUUGUUCCACCUCUCGAGACAAAAAAAUCAACGAGAGGCGGUCGUAAAGGUCCGAGAAGAACUUCGGAAAAUGAGAGCGAAGAGAAAAAAGUUGAGGAAAUAAAAGAAACGGAAGAGGAGAAAAUAAGGGAAGAGACAACGAUUACAACAGCACCAACAACAACGACAACAACAAUAACGACAACGCCGCCAACAACAACAACAACAACGUUAACAACAUCAAGAAAAGCCCUCGAACCAAUGACAUUGAUCGAUCCAGUCACUGGAAUGCUAAUUCCAAUGAGAGAAUCCGAGGAGGGACAAUACAUCCCAGUUUCAAAUUCCGGCCAACAAAAGAAAAGAAUAGAAGAGAAAAAAGAUGAAGAAAAAGAAACUUCUGUAACAACAUCAGAGACUGUUAUAACUCCAAGUGUGGUGACAACAACAACAUCAAUAAAUCAAACAAAACCCCAGAGUCUAAAGGCUCAUGUUUUAAAUGCAGUUCAAUCACUUCCAAUUGUCGUAACAAAAACAAAUAUUCCAAGUCAAACAAUUGUGCAAAAUCUUGCAAAACCAUCAGCUCAAGCUGGAUUACAUUUACAAAUACCUUGUAAUCGUGUUGCAUCACCGAAUUUAAGUCCAAAACUUGGAAAAACACAAGUCUCGGCAAAAUCGCCAGUGUUAAAUAAUGUGCCAACAAAUCCAAAACAACAUUUAUUGCAAGCCGCUAAACAAACACCAUCAUCACAACAGCAGCUAAUACCAUCAACGUCACCAACAUUGCAAAUUAAUAGCCUUGGACAAAAAUUGACGAGUAAUGUACAUUUGGCUGCGGCACCAGCGCAAAGAAUUCAUCAGGGCAUUCCACAACCAACAACAUUAAAGGCAAUCAAUGGACAAUUGCAUCCAAUUAAUCCAAAAGCACAUUUAUUGCAAGCUGUUGUUCCACCUGUGAUGUCGGGUAAUGUUGCAAGUCCACCGGCACAACAACAACAUGUUAUUGGACCACAACCUGUUGUUACAGGUGCAACUUGUUCACGAUCAGCGCCUACUAAAACUCAGGUGACGGGAACAAUGGAGCCACCAAAAGUGGAAAUUUCAAUGUCUGGCUGCAUUAUGGCUUCUCCUGGUCCUCAACCUCGAGGAGUUCCUAUUUCAGCCUACGAGGCAUCACUGCAUGGAAGUGCGAGUGCAGCUCCAUCACCAGGGGGACAGUAUGGCCUUGUGCCCCCACAUCGCUCCCAAAGUCCUCCAUUGCCCCCUGCCUAUCAUCACGCUAACGCUUCUCAGGGCGAUGUCGUGAAUCCAUAUGGAAAUUUAUCGCGAGCCGCUGAAUUGCCAUCACAUUACAUUCAUCCCUAUCAAUAUCAAUAUUUACGUGCCCAACAAGAGGCAUUGACGGCGCCACGAAUUGCCUAUCACGUGCCAGGCACAAGAUCGCCACACUUGCCCUUGGAUCCAAAAUUGGAAGCAGGUGCCGAUGAAAAUCAUAGUCCACCAUUGGAAUAUAGACGCAGUACUCGUACGCCACACGAGAGAACAACUGAUAGUCCACAAAUUGCUCAGGUCUAUAUGCAUCAUCAAAAUCCACGUCUUGCACCGCCACCACCUCCGCCACCAUCGCAAUAUAAUGCCGGAAGUGCCGUUCAACGUGGCUAUUAUGAUCAACCACCGCCAUCAGUUCACAUUCAAUCACAAUAUCCAAUGGCAGCAAGUGAAGCGCCCACUGAGCGUGCAAUUACGCCCGAUCGAAGUAGAAAAUUACAAGUGGCAACACCACCACACGCCGCUCAAGUACCACCGCAAACCGAUUCAUUGCCAAUGCUAUUGCAACGUUAUCCUGUCAUGUGGCAGGGAUUACUUGCAUUAAAAAGCGAUCAAGCAGCGGUGCAAAUGCAUUUUGUCUUUGGUAAUCCAAAUGUUGCGAGGGAAGUAUUGCCCUCGUGUAACAGUGAUGGUUCAACGCCUCAAUUGAGAAUUGCACAGCGUAUGAGGCUUGAGCAGGCGCAAGUUGAAGCCGUUGUCAGAAAGAUGCAGACCGAUAAUGAACAUUGCAUAUUGAUGGCACUUCCUUGUGGUCGUGAUCAUUUAGAUGUGAUACAGCAAAGUGAAAAUCUUCAAAGUGCAUUUAUAACAUAUCUGCAAACAAAACAAGCUGCCGGAAUUGUCAACAUUGCUGUGCCCGGUUCUCAACAGGUUACAAAUGUAAUACACAUAUUUCCAUCUUGUGAUUUUGCUAAUGAAAAUCUCGCUCGAAUUGCCCCGGAUCUACUGCAUCGAGUGGCAGAAAUCGCUCACUUAUUCAUUGUGAUCGCCACUGCCUGAGACCGAGUCACAAUUAUUGUCAUCAUCAACAUCAUCUGGAUUUCAAUCGUAAAAACUCUUUUUUUUUAUCUUCUUUAUUUAUUUUUUUUUUUUUUUUCUUUACUCGCGCAAAAGAACGCUUUAUCUAUUUUGGCAAUGAAGCCUUCCAAGUGUCGAAAGUGAAAAAGAAAAAAAAAAAAAAAUUCUGUACCCGAAAAAAUCCUCAAUGCACGAGAGAAAUUAAUUUCUCUUUUUCGUUGCAUCGUUGACAAUCAAGCGGAAAAAAAAACAAAUACUUUUAAACCACGAUUUCAAAAAAAAAAAAAAAAGUUUAAAAAUCGUUGAAGAAUUUAGCGAAAUUCCUCUUGUCUUUCGCGUGACUCUUCACUUUUUUUUUUUAAACUGUUGACACAUUUUCAAAAUGAGUGGGAAUUAAGAUCGAAAAAAAAAAUUCUCACACUCGGAAAUUAAAGGAAAAAAUUAAUUUUUAUUAUUGAUUAAUUAAUAAUAAUUAUGUAAAAAAAAAUUGUUUAAUGUGUAAAAAUUGAAAUUUUUCCAGAAAAAGAGUAUUUUUUUCCCUUUGUUUUUUUUACUUUUAAUUUCCGAUUGUAUUGCUUUUAAUUUCUACUCAUUUUUCUCAAAAAUAAUUGCAAAAAAAUUUCAUCUCGUGGGAAAAGUGAGAGAGAGAGAGGGGGGAAAAUACCUCCUCCAACAAAAAAAUAGAAAAAAAAUGGACAGAAAAUGAAAAAAAAAAACCAUUCUACCCUCUAUACACGAGCUAUAAUAAACGUUAAGGCAUAGUUUUUAAAACUGUACCAAUUUAAGCGAGCCGGCAAAAAAGGCAUAACUACUGUGAUUUUAAUUAUUUAACGAUAUGUAUCUGCAUAAAAACAUAAGGAAGACCAAUUCUGGUCCGCGCGCGAUAUGUGAUGUGUUUUUGUAUAAAUAUUACUCUUUAUAUUUAAAUAUAUAUGUAUAUAUAUAAAUAUAUACAUAUAUAUAUAUACAUAUAUAUUAUAAAUAUUAUAUAAAUACCUAUGUAUUAUAUUACUUGUAUCGAUAGUCGCCGAUGCCGUUGCUGCUCUUGUUGAGAGUUAGAAAUUAAUUGACAGAAAAAAAGGAAAAGGAAAAAAAGAUACCUCUUUAGAAAAGGAUUGCAAAAAAUUUAAUUCGAGAAUUUUUCUAUUGUGGAAAAUUUUUUUCACAUGAAGAAGAGAAUUUUUUUUUAUAUCUUGAGUUUUUUAAAUUUAAAAGAAAAAAUUUUUUGUUUUUUUUUGUCAUUUAUAAAAUGAGAAUUUUUUGUUCGUUUCUUAAAAAUGUUUUUAAAAAUAAAUUUUUGAUUUUCUAUUAAGGGGAAAAAUUUUCCGUUCUCGAAAUUAUUUUUUGGAAAAAUUUCUUUGCUAAAGAAAUCUAGAGGUGAAAAAAAGGGAGAAUAACGAGGACUACUACUUAUGUAGCUUUAUCCCUAGUGUAUCAUAAAAAAAAAUUCCCAUAGCAGGAUGUAACAUAUUAUUCUAGCGCUAUGUACAUUAUCGGAAGAUUUGUAAUAUUAAUUAUGACUCGAUUCUUUAUUAUCAAAAUAUUAUUGAUACGAUUAUAAUUAUUAAUUAUUAUUAUUAUUACUACUUCUACCGACAUACUACGUUACUAUUCUAUGCUAUUACUAUACUACUACUACUACUAUCGAACCUACUACUACUACUACUACUACUACAACUACCGCUGCUAUUAAUUAUCAUUAACGUUGUUACACAGGCUAGUUAGAAAAAAAACGUAUUUGAACGUUGAAAAUUCCCAUUUUUACAAAAAAAAUGUAAAAAGGGUAAAUUUUACAAAAAAAAAAAAAAACGAGGGCUUAAAAGCUGUCGUACCAAAGGGUUCGACUGAUCUCAUUGAACAUUUGACGCCGCUCCUCCAAUACAAAAAAAAAAAAAAACUUCCAUCCCAAUUCUACGGAAUUUCCCGCGUCGUUCGCAAAAAACGCCCGGCGCAUUAUAGACUUUAGAAUCGUGUCCAAGGUAAUAAUGCGCUUAUGUGUAUAGACAAAAAAAAAAAAUUACAAUUAUAUCACACAAAAUACCGUAAGAAAAAAAAAGAUUACGAGUAAAAAAUAAGUUAUGAGUUAUAUAUAUAUAUAUACAUAUAUAUAUAUAUAAAAUAUUAUUCGCUGACGCGCAUAGAGCGCGCUCGCCUCUAGUGAGUAACGUAUAUAAUGUAAAGAUUUAAAAAUAUAUAAAACAAAAAAAAAAAUCUAGAAAUGAAGAGAGCGUUUUUUUAGAAACUCCGAAAUGAUACUCGCAAUCGAAGACAAAAUUUUUGCAUAAUUUUUUUUUUUUUUUUUUUUUCUUUGUUUUUAGUUGUGAAUAAAAAUUAUUCCCAAUUUUUGAAAAUAAUGGGAUGAUUUAAAAAAAAAAAAAGAAAACUUCUUUUAUUUUGACUGUGAUUUUACUGUAGGGCGAUGUCUUUGUAUGCGAUUAUUGUACGAAGGUGUCAUUUUAAAAAAAUGAAAUUAUUUCCUGUUAUAAAUUGUUUGCGAAAAAAGAAAAAAAAUUGUUUUUUUUUUUUUUUUGCAAAAUUUACAAACGCUCUCUCCAUUUUUUCUUCUUUGCGACGUAAAAUUUGAUAAUUUAAGGCAGCGCAGAUACUCGUUGAGCGUGUGCAUGUACAGUGUAAAAGAUGCGUUGUGCAUAUGUACAGUUAUUAGUGAAUAAACAAAAAUAUGAGCGAGCGAGAUAAUGAAAAAAAAAAAACAUAUAUUACAGUUAAAAGUUAAGUAUAUAUAUAUAUAUGGCGCAUGCUUCGUGUAUAUUGUGCAAGAAUUUUUUUUUUCAAUUUCUCUAUGUAUUUAAUUUUACAAACGAAAGUCUUUUUUGUUUCUAUAUAUAAUAUAUAUAUAUAAACAUAAAUAUAUUUUGUUUUUUCUUUGGGGAUAUUUGAUUUUAGAUGAUUAAAAUUAUAUUCAAAAGCACAAUAUACAUGUUAGCCGCGUCGAAAAAAAAACCUAUCGUGUAAAAUAUCUGUGAAUAUUAUGAUUUAGUUUCUUCCUAUUCUAGGCUACUGAUAUAGAAAAAAAAAGAUUAUGUUAUUCGCAUAAGGAAAAUGUACAGAUAUCACAUUUUUGUUUUGUGUUUUACUGUAGCUAUUGAUAAUUAUAUGGAUAUUAACGAUAAUAAUAACUAUGAUUAAAAAACUUA